CGAACGCGUCCGCAAGUCAAACCAGGCCCGGAGCCACCAGCAACCAACCGAGCGCAUGGAGGCCGCGGCGGCGACCGCGCUCCCGUUCGCGGCGGCCGUCCCCACUGCCUGGAGGGUGCGCGCGAGCCCGCGGACGCGGCGGCGCUCCGUGGCGGCGAAGCUGGAGCGCGGGCUCGGCAAGGGGGUUCCCACCACCAACUACGUGGUGCCGCUCGACAAGGCCACCGGGAUGACGCGCCCGCUCGUCGAGAUCCUGCGGGACCUCAACAAGCGCGUCCCCGACAAGAUCAUCGACCCCGACACUAACACCGUCAACUGGUACCAUGCCAACAGAAUGCUUAGCUUUUACGCACCAGGUUGGUGUGGAGAAGUUCGUGAUGUUAUCUAUUCUGAGAAUGGAACUGUAACCGUGGUAUAUCGAGUGAUACUUAAAGGAACUGAUGGAGAGGCAUACAGAGAUGCCACGGGCACAGCACAGUUACAUGAGGGGCGCAGGGAAGAUGCUGUUGCAGCCGCAGAGGAAGCUGCAUUCUGCAAAGCCUGCGCACGGUUCGGUUUUGGCCUGUACCUGUACCACCAGGAUGAUUCUCAUUACGACGACCACUUCCAUUGAGGCUCAGUCUGCAAAAGAGCUGUUCAUAAGCUGCAACAUGCGUUGGAUAUGCCUCUCGAAAAACUUCGCAUCUAGAAUCAAUUUUUGCUCUUUGCGUAGUAUCAUACUCAUAACACAAAGAAGUGAACCUAUGUAGAUGCUAUUCGAAACCUUCUUUUUAUUAAUAUUAGAAUUCUUAUUAAUAUUAUUGUAUAAUUAUUUUUUUAAUGUAUAUGUGUCGGACACAAUCUAUUGAUUGAUCUAUAUUCUGGCAGUCUAC